AUAUGCCAUUAUUAUGAAUGCCAUUAUACGCUAGAUCAUAACGGCGUAAACAACAAGGGACCACUUUAGAAUCUGUACAGUUGCUGCUCCAAAAAAGGUUUUAUAAAAAAAAGGAAGAAAGGCUCUUGAUUCGUACAUAAUGGAUAUACUUGAAUUAAAAGAUGUCAAAGCUGUGGCAGAUAUUAUUCACACAUAUUCUGAAAAAGUAAAAACUGAAUCAACACCCUUGGUAAUUGAUAAUGGAUCCUAUAAUUGUAGAGUGGGCUGGGCUACUGAAAAGGAACCUCAAUUGAUAUUUAAAAAUCUUAUAGCAAAGCCAAGAAAGGAGCGUGGCAAGAAAGAUGGAGAGUUGCAAGUUGGAAAUGAUAUUGCAAAUAUUGAAGCAGUACGAUUUCAAUUGAAAACACAAUUUGACAGAAAUGUUGUAACGCACUUUGAAGCACAAGAGCAGAUAUUUGAUUACACAUUUAUGCAUAUGGGUAUUGGUACAGAGGGAUCAGUGGAUCAUCCUAUAAUCUUAACAGAAGCAUUUCUCAAUCCUAAUUAUUCAAGGAAUUUAAUGGCAGAACUUCUCUUUGAAUGUUAUAAUAUACCUUCAAUAGCAUAUGGUGUAGAUUGUCUAUUCUCUUAUCAACAUAAUAAUUGUGCCUCAGAUGGCCUUAUUGUUAGCAUUGGAUAUCACACAACUCAUAUAAUACCAGUACUCGAUGGCAAAGUGGAUCCUGUCAAUGCCAGAAGAAUUAACGUUGGUGGAUACCAUAUAAUAUCCUACAUGCACAGAUUGCUUCAAUUAAAAUAUCCUGUUCAUGUAAAUGCCAUCACACCAAGUCGUGCCGAAGAAUUGAUUCACGAACAUUCCGUAAUCGCUUUGGAUUAUCAGGAUGAGAUUUCUAAAUGGGCUGACCCAGAUCAUUAUGAUAUGAAUGUUUUAAGGGUUCAGUUGCCUUAUGUUGCUCCAACUAGUACACCAGGAUUAUCUGUCGAGCAGCAAAAAGAGAGGAAACGCGAAUUGGCCCGUCGACUUAUGGAGAUUAAUGCUAGGAAACGAGAAGAAAGACUUGCAGAAGAUGAGGAGCAAUUGAAUCAACUGUUAGCUGUUCAGGAUCUCCUUGAGGAGGGUGAAACAGAGGAAUUUUACCAAGCGCUAAAAACUUACUCCCUUGCAAAUGAGGCGGAUCUGAUAAAAAUGAUAAAUAAUCUCCAAGCAAAAAUUGAGCGUACCAGACAAAAAAUAGUAGCUGCGAAUUCGCAGGAGGAAAAUAUCGUAAUCGAAGAUCAAAAACCAAAGAUCAAGUCAAGUCUACAACCCAAAGAUCAACAGGACUUUGAUGAAUGGAUCGCCGGUGUCCGUAAAAAGAGACAAGAGAUCUUGGACAAGCGUUUAGCCAAAAGGCAGCGCAGACAAGACAUGGCAAAGCGAAGAACAGCCGCUGCACAAGAAAGGAUGCGAAUAAUAAGUCAAUUAGCCAGAAAGGAGAAGCGUGAUGAUGAUUUCGGUAUGAGAGAUGAAGAUUGGGACGUGUACAAAGUGAUAAACCGAGAAGGAGGCGAUUCAGACUCAGAAUUAGAGCAAGAAAAACUGCUGGAAUUGGAAGAUGUCCUGCGUCAUCAUGAUCCUGAAUUCGACGGCGCGGGUUCAUCAGUUCCAUUGAUACCUGGUGAAACUCACCAACUCCACGUAGGACUAGAACGUUUAAGGGCUCCUGAGCUUUUAUUCCAACCAUCCAUGAUCGGUUCUGUGGAGGCAGGCAUAGCUGAGACAAUAGAAUACGUACUGAAACGUUACUCGAUAGAGCAGCAAAUGCGUCUAGUGGGAAACGUGUUCCUGACCGGUGGACCAGCAUCCUUUCCAGGUCUUCUGGAGAGAUUAACACGUGAGCUUCGUGAGAUUAGACCAUUUAUGUCCAGCUUCCAACUGAACAUAGCCAAGAAUACUAGUCUUGAUGCGUGGUACGGUGCCAGAGAUUUUGGACUGAAUGGUAACCUCUCAGAGUACCUGGUGACUAGAAAGGAAUACGAGGAGAAGGGUGGUGAGUACCUGAAGGAACAUACGUCGAGUAAUACUUUUGCAAAGUCUCCGGAUCCGCUUCCAAUGAUUCAAGUACCGGCGGCCUCAGAAAUAAUAGUGGAGGACGCAAUAGUAGACGUAGAAAUGGAAUAGAGAUACAAAACAAUUAUUGUAUUGUUAACUCUUUUCGCCCUUCUCGUUAGCACAAUAAAACAAACGAUCUUUUGUCCAUGGA